UUCAUUUAUCUGCUAUUUAUCUUUGCACAUUUGACGCAGUUUGUCGGAACAGCCACAAAGCAAGUGGUGACAAAGCAACUUUCGGUUGCAGUGCAGUGUUGAAUACUGUGGGUGUGGACAGCUUGGCAGGAAAGGGACACAAAAACCAGACUGUUAGCUGGAGAACUGUUGCAGACAGGACAUUUUUGGUGAGUGCAGUCGCUUUUGUACUAAGUUUGACUUCAACUGAUCCCAGGAGUUUUCCUCUAUACCACAUCAACAAAUAUCAGCUUGAAGAGGAAGGGUAGUUAUGUGUCAGAGUCUGAUCCAGGAUUUUUCUUAAAGAAAUGUAUGCUAAGUGCUUCAGAGGAAUAUUCAUGCCAUUUGAAGGUGAAUUGGAUUCAGCAGGCAUAACAAAAAACUCCAGACAGGCUUCUUUCUGAGUAGAAACCUCUCACUGUAAGGAUGAUGUUUUGAGUUUGUUUCCACCAUGCCUGCUGAAGAUGUUGGUCCAGGUCGGGGUGAAAGGAGAAGGUUGCCCUGGCUGUUUCUAGUGCUGGUGAUUGCUGCCAUCACCUCCUCUUCCCUGUCUGUGAUCUCCCUGUACCAUGUGCUGGCCCUGCAGGCUGAGGUGGAGGGUUUGAGAGCUGAGGUGGUCCGCAAGAGAGAGGAGCAAAGCGGGACACUAGAAGAACCCGUAGAGGGGGCAGAAAAACAAACCGAUCAGCAGGAAGAAGAAGAGAGCAAAGAGAGAAUUGAGUAUCUGCAGCAGACUGAGAUGGGUGAUACCGUAACAGACCAUACUGUCCUGUCAAAAAGGAGCCUGGGUCAUACGUCAAACAAAGCAGAAUCCCAGCCCUGUUUACAAAUGAUGGCAAACAACAGGAGAAAAACCUUCCAGAAGGAGUUUGCUUUGGAAAUAUGCACAGCCAUCCCAUGGCAAGUCGGACUGAAGCGUGGCACAGCUCUGGAGGAAGAGCAGGGCACCAUUUUAGUCAAAGAGGAAGGAUUCUUCUUUAUCUAUAGUCAGCUCUCCUUUUCCCAGGUUUACUACACAGACUCUACGUUCGCUAUGGGCCACAUCGUGAUUCGUAUAAAGAAGAACGUCGUCGGAGACGAGAGUCAGCACGUUGUUCUGUUCCGCUGUAUUCAGAGCAUGAAUCGAGUGAAUCACUUCAACACCUGCUACACUGGAGGCGUAGUGAAGUUGGACUCUGGGGACAGACUGGAGCUUCUGAUACCUCGAACCCAUGCAAAUAUCUCUCUGGAUGGGGAUUCCACCUUCUUAGGAGCAAUAAAACUGGCCUGACAAUGGAGAAAGACUUUGGAUCAGACACUGUAUGAGAUUAGAUAUGCUGUUAUACUUAUUCAUAAGGAUAAUUAUUGACAUUCCCUGGACUUCAUGAAUACAAGAGCUGCUUUAUGCAGUGCAGUAUUCUUAAAAAUGUCUUCAUUGAAUUACUUUGUAUCAAGUUACUUUGGUUCACACUUCAGUGGCAUUUCAUCAGACAUGCACAAAAUUGACAUUAUUCACUAUAUUGAAGUUCCUCUAUGUCAUGAUUAUAAUGUCAGGAUUCAUCAUAAUGUUUUAUCAAAAUAUAGUUACAUGUAUGCUUUAGAAAUGUCUUCCCUCUUUGAAGGCCUCUUUGUUUUUCACAUCCCUAACCACCUGACUCGUUCAGGUGUGUAACAACCAUCUUUCACAAUCCAGUCAGUUCCUGAUGGAUAAAAUCAUGUCCCGCUCAGCAUUUUUAUUGAAAAAAUUUUAAAUAAACACUUUAUUCAUAACACAUUUUACUCUAAGAUGUGUUAUAAACACCAUUUCUUGUUGGGUUGUGAACAUGCACCCACACACACUUGUAUUUAAUGUUUUAUUAUUCAGAACAUCUGUUGCAGAAUAACACCUCAGCAUGUGCUUUGGGUUUAACAAAGUACUUUGACCUUUAUAACAUGAUGGUGCGCUUUCAUACAUCAGUAUGUUUAAAGUUUGCACUGAUCAUGUAGCCUCCAUGAUUCUACCAGCAGAUGGAGACCGUCCGUAUCACACUGGAAGAGCAUUGGAAAGUACUUGCUUUGUGUUGAGUGCUUCACAUAGCUUUCAUAAAGACAGUUCUUUCUGUUUAUUGACAGAGGUUGUAUAUGCUUCUGGUGUGUGAUUUUGUCAGCCACAUCUCCUAUAGAAACAAUCAUCAUAGUGUCACAGGCCAGGAAUUCUGCAUGUACUGUAAACACAAUGUCUCUUAACAAUAAAUCAUCAGCUCCGCUGCUUUGCCUUACUUCACACGUGACAUGUUCAAGGAGAGUGGUCUUGGAUCUUGGCGGUUACAUGUCCUGCCAUUAGAGGGCACUUGUUUCUGGGACAGAUUUUUAUGGGAUGCAUUGUUUCAUGAGCACUAGGGUAAAUAAAUAAAUAAUGAAAGAAUCCUGUGUACAUCAUGCAAACAGUGUUUUGACUUAUCAUGUACCGAUUUAACAGAGACCAACUAAAAACUGAACUAAAUAAAAAGCUGAAUUUGGCUUAUCAUAUUCCCAUUUACCAGAGAAAAACGAAUUUUACUUUAAAAAAAAAAAAAAAAGCUGAUUUUGGCUUAUGUACCCUUUUGCCAGAGAACAACUAAAAAUUUAACUAAAAAAAGCUGAAUUUACUUGAUCAGAAACCAAAAAAAUAAAAAUUCAAAAUGUUAUAGAAAGCCUUUAAUAUAGGAAAAGUAGUUAUGUCUAGAUAGACAGACAGACAGAUAGAUAGAUAGAUAGAUAGAUAGACAGACAGACAG